GGGCGGGGCCCUGACGCCAGCGGUAGGCGCGGGGCAGCGGGGCUCCGGGCGCCGGGCUCCGCAGUGCGGGCAGGAGGCCACGCCAUGGUUCGCUUUGGGCUGACCGUCGUCCGGCAUGGAGAAACAAGAUACAACAAGGACAAGAUACUGCAAGGUCAAGGAGUGGAUGAGCCGCUCUCUGCAACUGGUUUCAGACAAGCAGAUGCUGCUGGUUUGUUUCUCAGUAAUGUGAAGUUUACUCAUGUCUUUUCAAGUGACCUACUUCGAGCAAAGCAGACUGCUGCCACAAUUCUAGAAAAAAAUAAGUUUUGUAAAGAUUUGGAAAUCAAGUAUGAUGCAAGACUUCGAGAGAGAAAAUACGGUGUUGCAGAAGGAAGGCCUUUGACUGACCUCAAGGCUAUGGCAAAGGCUGCUGGAGAGCAAUGUCCUUCAUACACGCCCUCUGGAGGAGAAACACUGGAUGAAGUAAGAGAACGUGCAAAGGAUUUUUUUGAAUUUCUGUGUCAGCUAGCUGUUGAAUUGGAACAGAAAGAGCAAGACACGCAUGGUGUGGCAAGCAGAAGCUCGGGAACAUCUGAAGAACAGUUAGUUUACCCUUGGACAAACCACUGCAGUGAAGCAGAACUUAGCUCUGAUAACAGUGGAGCUUCUAAAAUACUAGAUGCCAACAUAUUAGUAGUGAGUCAUGGAGCCUACAUGAGAAACUGGAUUGGUUAUUUUGUUUCAGACCUCAACUGUACUUUGCCAGCAAAUUUAACAAAGUCUCAGUUGUCCUCUGUCAGUCCCAAUACAGGAGUUAGUCACUUCAUUAUAAAACUUGAAAAUGGAAAUUUAUUAAAGCCUGAAAUCACAUGUGUUUGUCUUAAUCAAGACUCUCACUUAGUGGAUGUGGGAGCUGAAUGUGUAGCUCCUAAAGUGUUUUGAUACUCUUCGUAGGGGGGCGUGGUUUUAGAUUGCACUUCUCCUAAGCUUGGGAUAUGUAUCUGUAGUAAUUACCAAGAUUGGCUGGAUUUAUUGACGCUAAACUGCAGAACUGAAGAUACGCAACUGCUUUCCAUUUAAAAAUAACUGAUUUGCAUGGUUCUAGUGCCUGAUAUAAAUUGGCACUAGAGAAAUAACACAAAUGUUCUUUAUGAACAGAAACAUAAUACUUCCAGUCACUUGCAUAUCUGCCUCUACAGUGCAUAUUUUUAAAAACUUCAUUAGCUCUAAUUAUUUUGUUUAUCUCCAGGCAAAAGAGUUGGGGUGGGGAGAGGAAUGGUAUCUCAAAGAUGAGCUAUACUGUAUUCUUGUUUUAUUACAAAAUGAUAUAUUGUAAUAUAAAACAUAGGUGGUAUCUUAAAAUAACUUUUUUGAAUGCAAUCGUAUAACCUAAAAGGGAGCAUUGCCUAGUGGAAGAGGUUUGGUGCCGUGUCAGGGGACGUGUUCCUGGCUCUGAUGCUAAAUAGCUGUGAGACUCUUGACAAAUCUCUUUUGGGGAUGAUGAUACACCCUACCUCGCAGGAGCGUUUUGAAGAGCACUGUAAAAAUAUUUAUUUUGAACUGUAAGCAGUAUGAGGAACCUCAUGUGCACAUAUUUGACACUCUCUUCUGAAAAGGAAGCUUAUCAAUAGGGAGAGUUACGCCCUACUAGAAUCCUACUGUCAAUUACAGUCGUACACUUGAUGGAUGAGUUUUUUUGCCUAGAAUUAGGCAAGUUUGAUUGCUUGAUGAUUGCUUGUAGUUGCUGUUAGUACUGCAUUCUUGCCCCACUGGGGUGUUUGUAGUGUUACUGUGUAAGCUUAUCUGAUUUAUAUUAUUUAUAAUAUUCACAUACUUUUACUUCAUUUGUGUAUUUUAAGCCUGUUUAAAAAAAAAAUUAAAAUUAAAGGCUCCUGAAUAAAACUUCA